AUGAGCUCACCGGCGGGCAGGAUGCUGGCGGCGUCCACCAAGGUCGGCUCUAGGCUGGCCUCUCCGCACGCCUCGUCCACCGCCGCAGCUGCUGCUGCUGCUGCGGCGGGCCUGGCGAGCUCCUCCGUGCUGGGCUCUGGGAUGCUCCCAGGCGCCGGGUUCGGCGAGACGGGGAGUCAUCACGCGGCGGACGCGCCGCCGCCGCCGCCUUGCAGUUCCUCGGGCGAUUCAAGGGAAUAUUAUUUAUGGACGAGCCUGGUGAAUCAAAGGCAGUCAACGCUGCAUCGAGGCAAAGUGACUGCUGCAUUGGGCCACCAUGUUUUUGGUGCAGGUGGUUCCUCACGGAAUGAACACAAUUACAGAUAUUUUUCAUCUUCUUCUCAUCAAGGGAGGAUAUGGGCCGGGAGCAAGGUUCUACAUGACCUGCCAGAGUAUGUAAAAAUUGUGGAAGUAGGGCCGCGAGAUGGUCUACAGAAUGAAAAGGACAUUGUACCAACACCUGUAAAGGUUGAGCUUAUACGAAGAUUGGCCACAUCCGGAUUACCUGUUGUGGAGGCGACAAGUUUCGUAUCUCCAAAAUGGGUACCUCAGUUAGCUGAUGCAAAGGAUGUUAUGGAAGCAGUUCGGACUAUUGAGGGUGUACGUCUUCCUGUAUUGACCCCAAACCUUAAGGGAUUUGAGGCAGCUAUUGCAGCAGGGGCAAAAGAAAUUGCAAUAUUUGCAUCAGCUUCUGAAGGAUUUUCCAAGUCAAACAUAAACUGCACCAUCAAAGAGAGCAUUGCCCGCUAUAAUGAUGUUGCUCUUGCUGCAAAAGAGAAAGAAAUUCUUGUCCGAGGGUAUGUUUCUUGUGUGGUUGGAUGCCCAGUAGAUGGACCAGUACCACCUUCAAACGUAGCGUAUGUAGCGAAAGAACUUUAUGACAUGGGCUGCUAUGAGGUUUCACUUGGUGAUACCAUUGGAGUCGGUACUCCAGGUACCGUGGUUCCAAUGCUUGAAGCAGCUAUGUCCGUCGUUCCCGUGGAGAAGCUUGCUGUCCAUUUCCACGACACCUAUGGCCAGUCCCUCUCAAAUAUUCUCAUCUCUCUCCAGAUGGGAGUCAGCGUGGUGGACUCCUCUGUCGCCGGCCUCGGUGGCUGCCCGUACGCAAAGGGUGCGUCAGGGAAUGUGGCGACGGAGGAUGUAGUGUACAUGCUCAACGGGUUGGGCAUCAAGACGGGCGUCGACCUGGGCAAGGUGAUGGCCGCCGCCGAGUUCAUCUGCAAGCACCUGGGACGCCAGUCUGGGUCCAAAGCAGCGACCGCUCUGAGCAAAGUUACCGCGAACGCCUCGAAACUCUGA